GUACUAAUCAGAGAAUGAGUCAUAAAAAAUUAACACCCAUUCAUUCACUCAUUCACGUGAGACAUGUAAAGAUGAAAACCGAACGAUUCACUUCGUUCAUUUCAAUCAAUCAACCGCGCCGCUAGAAAGCUGUUGUGUCGUGUUUGUAUUUAUUUUACAAAAACCGAUAUCUCGUGAUACUGCAUCGCUUCGUAACUUUUGAGUGAAGUAUUUAAUAGCUCGCGUUGUGAAGUUUUUCUGAUGUUUUAAUUAUAACCAGUAAAUAAGGAGUGUUUGAAACAUGGGUGCUCGCGUAUCCAGAACCGACUUCGAGUGGGUUUACACUGAGGAACCUCAUGCGAGCCGCCGGAAAAUAAUUCUAGAAAAGUAUCCACAAAUCAAGAAGCUGUUCGGAUACGAUCCAAACUUCAAAUGGGUGGUGACGGGAAUGGUGUUAGUCCAGAUCAUUUCCCUACCAUUUGUCACUCAACUCAGCUGGCCUAUGAUGCUCGUAGUAGCUUACUGCUUCGGUGGAGUUAUCAAUCAUUCUCUUAUGUUGGCUAUCCACGAAAUCGCACACAAUCUCGCUUUCGGCCAUAAUAGGCCUUUAGCAAACAAACUAUUUGGAUUCUUCGCGAACCUACCUAUAGGGCUGCCUGUAUCUAUCAGCUUCAAGAAAUAUCAUUUGGAACACCAUAGGUACCAAGGAAAUGAAGUUAUAGACACAGAUCUCCCAACGUUGUUGGAAGCGAAACUAUUCUGUACCACUGGUGGCAAGUUACUCUGGCUCUUCCUCCAGCCGUUCUUCUACAGCUUCCGACCUCUAGUCGUCAGGCCUAAGCCACCGACUCCGAUGGAAUUAAUCAACCUAGUCAUUCAGCUGUUCUUCGAUGCCGUCGUCAUUAAACUUUGGGGUUGGAAAGCGAUCGGCUACCUAUUAAUUGGUGCCUUGAUGGCGAUGGGAGUUCAUCCCGUAGCUGGUCAUUUUGUAGCUGAACACUAUAUGUUUAAGAAGGGUUACGAAACCUAUUCUUACUACGGACCUCUGAACUGGAUUACAUUUAACGUUGGAUAUCACAACGAACAUCACGACUUCCCAGCGGUACCCGGCAGUAAACUACCUGAGGUACGCCGCAUCGCUCCGGAAUUCUACGACACAUUGCCACAUCACGAUAGCUGGUCGAAGGUACUAUACGACUUCGUGAUGGACCCCGACAUCGGACCCUACGCUAGAAUCAAGCGCAAGCACCACGGACUUGACAGUUAAGUUGGUAGCGCUGUAUUCCGUGGUUGUUUUCCUAAUGUUGGUAGAGCGCUUGCGAUGUUUUUGAAGAGAACGCCAUCUAGUGCCGGACUUGUGUAACUUUGUGUUUUUUAUACUUAAGCAAUUUAUUGCAUUUGCUUAUAAAUGUUUUCUGUUUAUGGUAUUUCUUACCUAAUUGCCUUGAUAAUCAUUAACGAAACCAUUGCGUUUUGUUCA